AUGUCUUGGGCUAAGCCUCUUCGUCGUCUCGAAGUUCUUAUCGCAAAGAAAAAUAAUUUAGACAAUGUUGAGGCCACAGCUGAUAGCUUAUGUAGCUUAAUAUCUUUAGUCGACGUAAACUUUACCGGCAAUCCGAUGACCAAAAAGCAUCGAUAUAAAGAAAUUAUGAUAGCGCGAUGUGCACCUUUGCGCGUUUUAGACGAUGUCGUUAUUCACAACACGUCUAGGACAUUCCUACAAAAUUUCGAUAAAGUAGUUCGUUUACGCCAAUUAAACGUUAGAAAUAAAAUAAAAAUGUCACGUCAAGGCCUAGAUGAUUUUUUCGAAUUAAAUAUGUUGCCUGGACCAAAAGCUCAGAGUGCUAUGUCCAUAACAGAAUUUUCUAAUCAAAAACCGAAGAUUUCAGCCAUAGACUCCACUUAUACUUUUAUGCCAAGAGCCUUUUGGCGUAACAGAACUGCUCCUCCUCGUGACACAAUUCCACCUUUGGAGCCACCGCCAAUGCCAAAAGAACCUUCCAAAGCGCCACCCGCCAAGGGCAUCUUGAAAAAACCUAUGCCAAUGAAAUAUAUUUGA